AUGAGCCAGUCAGCCGCCGCACCCCCCACCUCCGCAAGCAAUGCGGUUCUCGUGGAAUCCCAGCCGGUUCCCGAGGGUACUCACGAAGUGAGCGGAGUGGAUUUUGAUAAGUUCCAGGGUCGUGAUAUCACCGUUGCCGAACUGGUGGACAAUAUGACGAACAUGGGCUUCCAGGGCAGUGCGGUUGCCGAGGCUGCCCGCAUUAUCAACGAGAUGCGUGCCUUCCGGGACCCUGAAACCGGCGCAAAGACCACCAUUUUCCUCGGCUAUACCUCAAAUUUAAUUUCUUCCGGUCUGCGCGAUACCCUUCGUUACCUAGUGAAGCACAAUCAUGUAUCGGCCAUUGUCACCACCGCCGGGGGUGUGGAGGAGGAUUUGAUUAAAUGCUUGGCUCCCACAUAUAUGGGCUCCUUCAGUACUCCGGGUGCUGGAUUACGCGCCAAGGGCCUCAACCGUAUUGGUAACCUGCUGGUGCCAAACAAUAAUUAUUGUGCCUUUGAAGAUUGGCUGGUUCCUAUCUUGGAUCGCAUGCUAGAGGAGCAAGAGGCAGCCAAGAAGAAGGCCCAGGAGACAGGAAAUGAAGAAGACGAGCUUCACUGGACUCCAAGCCGUAUUACUGAGCGGUUGGGGCGGGAAAUCAACAAUGAGGACUCGGUUCUGUAUUGGGCUGCCCGCAACAACAUCCCCAUUUUCUGCCCUGCCCUGACUGAUGGAUCACUUGGGGAUAUGCUUUACUUCCACACCUACAAAUCGUCACCACAGCGACUCCGAGUGGACAUUGUGGAGGAUGUGCGUCGGAUCAACACCAUGGCCGUGCGUGCGGCCCGGGCGGGUAUGAUCAUUUUGGGAGGUGGCAUUGUUAAGCAUCACAUUGCUAACGCGUGUCUGAUGCGGAACGGUGCGGAGCACGCUGUGUACGUCAACACCGCGCAGGAAUUCGAUGGCAGUGACGCAGGUGCCCGACCCGACGAGGCUGUGAGCUGGGGAAAGAUUAAAAGCGACGCCAACGCCGUCAAGGUCUACGCCGAGGCCACUGUGGCUUUUCCUCUUAUUGUUGCGGCUUCGUUUGCACGCGCAGCCCCAGCACAGAACUGA